AUGGCGCUCGAGUUCAGCUCUUUUUGGAAAGCCUUUCUUGUGUAUGCAUUUUGGGUGGGGACACCUUGUAAAAUCGUAGGAAUUCUGGCCGUUCUGCUCGCUGUUGUGAAUUUCACUUUUGCCUUCUUCACUAUCGUGCCAAGUGCCAAUGGAAUCGACUUUCUCAUCACAUUCAUCGCCGGUAUCCAAAUCGCUGGCAAUCCAACUCGUUUCGUUAUCUUCUGA